AUGAUUAAAGUUAUUAAUCUGUAAAAUUAAGAUGCUAUAUAUAAAGUUGACUUUAUAAUAUUUGCUACAGAAGGUCCUCACUAUGGAAUAAGAAUGGAGUUCGAUUGUAAAUCUGACUCAUGUGCCCUAAUAUAAGAGCAGGUACUAUACGUACUAUAAGGUUAUGGAGCAAGCAAAGUUCAUAGCCUGAUAUUGCCAAAAGUAUUAAUAAAACAAAAAUAUGUUUCUAUUGUGUAUGAUUUAAAAAAUUAAGGCCUUCGCUCCUUUACCUAGGCGAUAUAUGAACUUCCGGAAAAAGAAUCUAAAAACUAAGCUGUUUUCUUCUAUGCAGCAAUUAAAGAUCCCUCAUAUGGUUAUUAUGAAACUUUUUAAACAGAAAUGUACACAUAUGCAAAUGAGGUAAAAAUUUAGAAGAUAAUAUUAGUUAUAUUUAAUUAGUAAUUUAAAAUAAUAUGGGUAAUUAAGAUUAUACAAGGUGAACUAAUCUCCAAAAUUAUUGAUUGAUGGGAAUAUUAGUUAAACCUAAGUUUCUGUUACAUUAAAAAACGAUUACAUAGAAAGAGGAUUAUCAUUUGACCUUACAAUAUCAGGGAAUGAUUCGGACUAAUCUGAUUAUAAAGGCCACACAGUAUUAUGGAUUAUUUUAGGAAUAUUAGGAGGAUUGAUCGUUUUAGGGAUUGGUUAUAAAUGUUAUACAAAGAAUAAAUCUAAAAACGAGCCUCUUUUAUGA